AUGGCGCAGAUCUUGCUUCAUGGGACUCUUCAUGUGACGAUCUAUGAAGUGGAUAGGCUGCACUCUGGAGGUGGGGGCAAUUUUUUCAACAAGAUCAUUGCCAAUAUCGAGGAGACUGUGGGUUUUGGCAAGGGGACCCCCAAAAUCUACGCGACCGUUGACCUGGAGAAGGCCCGAGUCGGGCGGACUAGAACACUCGAGAAGGAGCCCGACAACCCCAGGUGGUACGAGUCUUUCCACAUCUACUGCGCUCACAAUGCAUCGAACGUUAUAUUCACGGUCAAGGAUGACAAUCCGAUUGGUGCCACUUUAAUCGGGAGGGCCUAUGUCCCUGUCCACGAGCUCCUGGACGGCGAAGAAAUCGACCGGUGGGUUGAGAUACUCGACGAGGACAAAAAACCGAUAAAGGGAGAAUCCAAGAUCCAUGUGAAGCUUCAGUUUUUCGACGUCUCUCGCGACCGGAACUGGGCCCGUGGGGUCAAGAGUGCCAGGUACCCUGGCGUCCCGUACACUUUCUUCUCCCAGAGAACAGGCAAUCGUGUCUCGUUAUACCAGGACGCUCACAUUCCUGAUAACUUCAUCCCUAAGAUUCCCUUAUCCGGGGGAAAGUACUAUGAGCCACACAGAUGCUGGGAAGAUGUUUUUGAUGCCAUCACUAAUGCUAAGCACUUGAUUUACAUCACAGGCUGGUCCGUGUACACUGAGAUCACUUUGAUACGUGACUCGAGGAGGCAGAAGCCUGGGGGAGACAUUACUCUCGGCGAGCUUUUAAAGAAGAAAGCGAGCGAAGGCGUUCGGGUGCUUAUGCUCGUGUGGGACGACCGAACCUCAGUUGGCCUAUUGAAGAAGGAUGGUCUGAUGGCUACCCACGAUGAGGAGACCGAGCAAUAUUUCCAAGGCACGGACGUGAACUGUGUUCUGUGCCCUCGUAACCCGGAUGACGGUGGGAGUUUCGUUCAGGACCUUCAGAUUUCGACCAUGUUCACCCACCACCAGAAGAUUGUUGUGGUCGACAGUGAUUUGCCGAGCGGGCAGUCGGACAAGAGGAGGAUCGUGAGUUUUGUUGGUGGGAUUGAUCUCUGUGACGGGAGAUAUGACUCGCCUUUCCACUCGCUCUUCCGGACACUCGACACGGCCCACCACGACGACUUCCACCAGCCCAACUACACUGGGGCUGCCAUUACCAAAGGCGGGCCUCGUGAGCCCUGGCACGACAUUCACUCCCGUCUCGAAGGGCCCGUCGCGUGGGAUGUCCUCUUCAAUUUCGCGCAGAGGUGGAAGAAGCAAGGAGGGAAGGACGUGCUCCUCAACUUAAGGGAACUCGAUGAUGUCAUCAUCCCUCCUUCCCCAGUCGUGUACCCGGACGACCACGAGACGUGGAACGUGCAGAUAUUCCGCUCGAUCGACGAGGGAGCAGCCUUCGACUUUCCCGCCUCGCCUGAGGAGGCUGCACGGGCCGGGCUCGUCAGUGGGAAGGACAACACCAUCGACCGGAGCAUCCAGGAUGCGUACAUCCACGCGAUCCGCCGUGCAAAGAAUUUCAUUUACAUUGAAAACCAGUAUUUUCUUGGGUCAUGUUUCGGGUGGGACUCAUCUGACAUUAAAGUGGAGGAUAUUGGGGCCUUGCAUCUCAUCCCUAAGGAGCUGUCUCUGAAGAUUGUGAGCAAGAUCGAGGCUGGGGAGAGGUUCACGGUGUAUAUCGUGGUUCCCAUGUGGCCCGAGGGGAUUCCCGAGAGUGCGUCGGUUCAGGCUAUACUUGACUGGCAGAGGAGGACGAUGGAGAUGAUGUACAAGGACAUUAUUCUGGCCCUUCGUGCCAAGGGUAUCGUGGAGGACCCGAGGAACUACUUGACGUUCUUUUGUCUCGGUAAUAGGGAGGUGAAGAGGAGUGGUGAGUACGAGCCGUCUGAAAGGCCAGAGCCCGGCUCGGACUACGAGAAGGCUCAGCAGGCCCGCCGCUUUAUGAUCUAUGUUCAUGCCAAGAUGAUGAUAGUUGACGACGAGUACAUCAUAAUUGGGUCGGCCAACAUCAACCAGCGGUCCAUGGACGGGGCACGGGACUCAGAGAUUGCCAUGGGGGCCUACCAACCCUACCACCUGUCGACCAGGCAGCCGGCCAGGGGGCAGAUCCACGGCUUCCGGAUGGCCCUAUGUUUGUCUGGUUUUGUGAUGAAUAUGGUCUUUAAAACUAUUUUGUGUUAUGACUCUGUGUAUUUGGAGUGA